CCAACUCACCAAAAUUUCUUUGAUACCACACACGCACAAGCCACCAAUUUUUAUUUCAUUCCCAUCUAGCUAUUCUCUCCUCAUCCCAUUUUGAAUCUCUCCUUUUUAUUUCUGCUUCUCUUUCUCUCUCUAGGUAUUCCCGUCUGAAAGGGGUGGUGGUGUGUUCACAUCUGCCGUGUUUUGUUUGUUCUUUCAUUUCUUCGUCGAAGGAGAGAGGAAAGAAGGGUAUCAUAUAUUGGAAACGUGAAGAGAGUUCUUGAUCGGCUCUGCAAUUCUUAUUUGGAGAGAUUCAAUUUUAUUUUAUUUUUGGUUUUGGAAAUAAAAAAUCUGCUUUUCCAAUUUUGCUCUUGUUCUUGAAAGUGUUUGACUUAGAUCCGUUGCUGUUUCUCCUGCUCAUUAACAGAUUUUCUGAAGAUCAAAACUGCUGGUAUCUUACAAACAUUUGGUAAAUUCAAUCAGCCCUAAUGCAAGGGCAAAGGAGUUCCGUCACUACAUUGUCUGAAAACAUAAGCUUUGAGCACGGGUCUGAGUCAGGCGAUGCCGGCCCAGAAGCCCAAAUUUCAUGGAACAGUAUGCAGAGUUUGGGACAAAGUCGGCUGCCAGAGUACAGGAUGCCAUCCUCAAACGAGACAAAUAUUCCAUAUUUACAACAUGUAAUGAGAGAGGGGCGGAAUCCCGAUUGGAGUGUAGGCGAGAGUAGCUCCGGUGCUGCUCGCCAUCUUGGCGGCCAAAAUGAAAGAAAACCAGAACAUACAUGGGCUUUCCGCUCCCGAGGUGCUCUCACCUUCGAAGAACCACAAUAUGAGCCGUCGAGUAUUCUUUCAUUGGAUAAUGUUGACAUAAAUACAAAUGGCAAUCAUAGUACAAACGGAUCAUUUGUUUUGCAGAGUUCUGGCUCAGAUGUCCUUCCUCACGAUCUUAACGUGAGUUCAGACAUUGGUGAUCAAGACCGCCCUGCUGCAUAUCUAUCUGUUGGACCAUCUUCUUCACAUCUGCGACCUACCGGUAGCUCUUCUGGUCCCUUCAAUGGUGCUUCGGUAUCCUUAAACAGCGAGAAUGAAGGCAGGUCAGAUUGUUCCUUGGAUGGUCGCCGAAUGUCUUGUAAGAGAAAAGCACUUGAAGGACACAUCGGACAAUCUUCCGGAGCAGGAAGUUCAAAUUCUAUCCACAAUCAAUGGCAUACUCUACCAGCUGCUCAGAUUUCUGGUAGCAACCUUUCUAUGCCAAUUCCAGUCGGCGACAACAUUAUCAUGAACAAUAUGUCCGAACAGGCUAAUCCGAGACUGAGGCUUGGUGUCGGAGGAGGUGUCUCUGCAAGUCCCUUCUCUUUGACGCCAUCUUCCGGAAGUCCGGUCAAUCAAAGAAACUUCCGCCUGCGCAUUAAUGGCUUACACCAGCAGGAUCCUAUACCAGAAAAUCCAUCUUCAACAGAUAACAAUGGAAAUGCAAAUGCAGAUGCUCCCUCUUCUCGCCAUUCUUCAAGAUUAGCUCUUAACAACCGACUGUUUGAGCUGAAUCCGCCCCCGCCAAUGGAAAAUGUGAACCUUCACGGGCAAUCUGUUCUUCUUCCUGUUGCUCCUUUGCGCCGAAGCAAUCAAUCCAGGUGGACUACAAUGUCGACGAUGAGGGCUAGCAGUUCUUCUGUCCCUGCUAUUUCUGAACAUUAUUUAGAUCCUACCGCAAGGAAUGCUCCCAGAAACAUUUCUGAACAUCCGCUGUUUAUUCCAGCUAGUGAGACUGGAAGUUCAUCCCAAAAUCCUACGAAUUGGAGCUUGCCUGGUGGUAAUAACAGCAUUGCUGGAAACAUUGAAUCUACUUCUCAGGUGGGCGGCACUAUCGCGGGGGCAGGUUCUUCUGCACCUAAUUGGGCCCAUCGAAAUUCUCAGCGACGGAUUUCGGAAUUCGUUCGAAGAUCACUUUUGUCCUCUGCUGGUGCUGGUCCUGGAGGUCAUAGAAGCCACCGUGCUGUGCAGGCAAGCGGUGCUGCCUCUCACGAGGCGGCGGCGGCGGCACUUCCUCCUGGACCUGAUUAUCAUCGUCAUAGAGCUUCGAGCUCGAGGGCUGCUGCUUUGUUAGGUAGACAUCAUGAUGGUGCUUUAGGAGUACCUUAUUCGUUGAGAGCUUUGGCUGCUGCAAACGAAGGGAGAGGCGGUAUAAUGUCUGAGCAGAUCUGCCAUGUCUUGGAUCUCAUGAGAAGAGGGGAGGGGCUGAGAUUGGAGGACGUGAUGAUUCUCGAUCACCCUGCCUUCUUUGGGAUGGCUGCGGAUAUGCACGAUCGACACCGGGACAUGCGGAUGGACGUCGAUAACAUGUCAUACGAGGAGUUGUUAGCGCUGGAGGAGCGCAUCGGCAAUGUCUGCACGGGCCUGACCGAAGAAACCAUAAUGAGCCAUUUGAAGCAGCAGAAAUACCUCAACAGUCGCAGACCAGAUCCUCAAAUUGAGACUGAGCCCUGCAGCAUCUGUCGUGAAGAAUACAACAACGGCGAAAAUGUCGGGGUACUCAAUUGCGGCCACGAUUUCCAUACCGAAUGCAUCAAACAAUGGCUGAUGCACAAAAACUUGUGCCCCAUUUGCAAAGCAACUGGCUUAACGACACCGUGAGCCCCCUCGCCUCCCCUCGCCACCUUGGACGAUCCCAACAACCCCGAAGACAUUCAAAGAAAGAUCGGCCAAGUUAUAAUAUUCUUACCUAAGUCGUCUUCUUCAUCUUCUUCUACCUUGAAAAAGGGUAAAGAAUUACUGUGAAAUUAUUUUCAGUCAACAAAACCAUAUUACUCGAUGCUUCUUUCAACACUCGAAUCAUUUAUUCAUCACAUUUGACAA